AUGAAGAUAUGGGAACCGAGAGGUCGAAUUGGAGGAGAUAACAUUCCGUCGCUCUCGACGUUAUCGGGGAAGACGAUGAGGGAGGCCAGCUUGCAUCAUGAUGGAGCUAUGCUAAGUUGGGAAAGGUGCUCUGUAAUUUUCAAGACUAUGCUCAAAGAAUUACCUGAGACUCCCAUGAAAAUGCAACGGGGGAAAUCAAAAAAUCAUCCAAAGAUAGUGAAAAUUACUCGCAUAUUACCGGGAAAACAUUAUUACGGGAUAAUUUCUUCUGACCUCAACUCGUCCCGACAUCCGACAAGCAAAGCAAAAGAAUCCCCAAUAUCCCCAGGCACCGUUAACCGCCAAAAUGGUGUGAACUUCCCCGAGCGGAAUCUCAAAUCCCUCGAAUCCUUCUUCGGUGUCGGUUCUCAAGCGUCAUCGCGCCUCCUCGCGCGUUUCUACAUUCACCCGACAUGCAAAGUUGGCGAGCUCGCAAACAAACAGGUUCUCGAUCUGACGGCCGCCUUGUCUGAUAUGAAGAUUGAGAAUGAUCUUCGGAGACAGUACCUCGACGAUAUCAAGCGACUAAAGGAGACGGGAACAUACCGUGGGAGGCGCCAUGCUCUAGGAUUGCCUGUUCGGGGACAGCGGACGAGAAGCCAGAUCCAAACUGCAGUCAAGCUUAACCGUAUGGAGAGACGACUUUGAGUGUGAACUCCGAGUGCGGUGCUGCAUCACCUUUGGCGGGGUUUGACGACUGGUUUAUUCUGUGCGGGCAUGGUAUGGCGUUGUAUUUCAAUGUAAUUUUAUUGGAAAGUUUGAUUCCCCUAGAAAUUCGAUGGAAUGUACUAUAUGUGGACAAGAAACCAUUAGAUGUUCGGUAGCUUCUCCUUAGCUACUCCAAGUAGGAGGAUCUACUUGAUAAUUGCUCGUAACGAUUGCUCAGGCAAAACAAAAAAGAAAC